UUAAAAAUACUUUACUUAAAAUGUGAAAGUAGUAGGACUGUCUUACAGGGAACAACAACAGAAAGAAAACCUCACUCACUGGGUUUUCCAUUUUCUUUCACAUCAUCAAAUUCCCAAAAGAAAACCAUCAAGAAAGCUAAAAUCUUGGAACUUUUUUUUUUUUUUUUGAUGGGUGGUCAAGAAAGUUUCAUUUACAGCUUUGUAGCAAGAGGGACCAUGGUUUUAGCAGAAUAUACUGAGUUCACUGGCAACUUUCCUGCAAUUGCAACUCAGUGUCUUCAAAAGUUACCUUCAACUAAUAAUAAAUUUACUUAUAAUUGUGAUCAUCAUACCUUUAAUUUCUUGGUUCAAGAUGGUUAUGCUUAUUGUGUGGUUGCAAAAGAUUCGGUUGGCAAGCAAAUAUCUAUUGCAUUUCUAGAACGUGUGCGAGCAGACUUCAAGAAAAGAUAUGGUGGUGGUAAAGCAGAUACAGCAGUCGCUAAAAGUCUCAACAAGGAAUUUGGCCCGGUAAUGAAAGAGCACAUGAAGUACAUUAUCGAGCAUGCGGAUGAGAUUGACAAACUGAUUAAAGUGAAAGCACAAGUUUCAGAAGUUAAAAGUAUCAUGUUGGAUAAUAUAGACAAGGCUAUUGAUAGAGGAGAAAACCUUACCACUUUAAAUGGCAAGGCUGAAAAUCUUCGGGAUUCGGCACAAGAGUUUAAGAAAGCGGGUACGAAAAUUCGAAGGAAGAUGUGGUAUCAGAACAUGAAAAUAAAAAUUGUUGUUCUUGGUAUUCUUUUGCUAUUAGUCCUUGUUAUUUGGCUUUCUGUAUGCCAUGGUUUUGACUGCACCAACUGAAAAUAUAUGCAGUUGUUGAGUAUCAUGAGAAAAGGGGGCAGGCUAAAGUUACAUUUUAUAUUGAGUUAUGUUGUAAAGUAAGGUCAUAUGGUUUGAGAGAUAGAGUGGAAUUAAUUCCCUUGCCUCUCUUUAGUAACUCUUCAAAUUGUUGUACCACAAAGUGUGAAAUAACAAACUCUAGUUUCUUAAA